AUGGUUUUCUCCACCAAGGAAGUUUUCCGAGUGCUGAAUGAGAGCCUUUCCCCGCCCUCUUGCCCAAGGGCUAUAAAGGCAGCUGCCUGCACAGCCAGCCAGCAGAAGCACCCUCAGCGAGGACACUGGGAGGGAGAGCAGCCACCCAGCCAGCCCCUGGAAGUAGCUCCCAGCCAAGCGAGCAGCCAGCAGGGCAGGUUCUGUCCCUCGAGUACACUGGCCCGAGGCGUCGCAUCUUCCUCUAGAAAGGCCGCCAUGAGCAGAGAGAGCAUGAUCAGCGACAUCGAGCUGGCAGAGGAGGCGCUCCCCCAGAAGGCGGCGGGUCCCCAGGGCUCCAGGCGCUGCCUGUGCCUCAGCCUCUUCUCCUUCCUGCUCGUGGCGGGGGCCACCACGCUCUUCUGUCUCCUGAACUUCGGGGUGAUCGGCCCCCAAAGGGAAGAGAAGUUCCCGAAUGGCCUCCCCAUCAUCGGCUCCAUGGCCCAGACCCUCACACUCAGGUCCUCUUCUCAGAAUGCCAGCGACAAGCCUGUGGCCCAUGUCGUAGCCAACCACCAAAUGGAGGAGCAGCUGGAGUGGCUGAGCCGGCGUGCCAACGCCCUCCUGGCCAACGGCAUGGAGCUCAAAGACAACCAGCUGGUGGUGCCCUCAGACGGGCUGUACCUCGUCUACUCCCAGGCCCUCUUCAAGGGACAAGGCUGCCCCCACUACGUGCUCCUCACGCACACCGUCAGCCGCUUUGCUGUCUCCUACCAGGACAAGGUCAGCCUCCUGUCUGCCAUCAAGAGCCCCUGCCCCAAGGACACACCUGAGGGGGCCGAGCCCAAGCCCUGGUACGAGCCCAUCUACCUGGGAGGGGUCUUCCAGCUGGAGAAGGGAGACCGGCUCAGCGCCGAGGUCAACCUGCCCCAGUACUUAGACUUUGCUGAACCUGGGCAGGUCUACUUUGGAGUCAUCGCUCUGUGAAGCGAACGGGCAGGCGUCUGUCUGUCCGUUCCCUACCCAGCCCCCACUUGGACCCUUUCAUUGUCUGCUCCUCAGAGCCCCAAUCCAUCUCCCUCAAACUUAGAAAGGGAGCUAGGACUCUGAGCUCAGAACUUUGCCGCUGUAACACUCAGAAACACGCGCUGCAGGGAUGGUGGCCUGGACGGUGGGUUCUCACGAGCCACCAUCAAGGAUGCA